CCUGAGACUUUUACAAGCACAAACGCUAUCUCCACUAGCAAUUGCUUGACGUCACUCAUCAGCUUGCAAAAGACAAAUUGAAUCGUCAUGUCCUCCAACACAUUCACGGGCUGGGUAGCCCACGACGCGACCAGUCCCCUGGAAUAUACAGACUUCAAACCAAAGCCAUUCACUCCAACCGAUAUUGAAGUCCGCAUCAGCCAUUGCGGUAUCUGCGGAACAGACCUCCAUACUCUUCGAUCUGGCUGGUACCCGACUGACUAUCCAUGUGUCGUGGGCCAUGAGAUCAUCGGCACCGUUGUCCGCGUUGGCUCUGGCGUCGCGACCCUUGCCUCCUCACCUGCAUCGAGGGGAAUACGAGUUGGCGAUCGCGUUGGUAUUGGCGCGCAGAACGGACUUGAGAAUUACUGUCCACGUAUAACGAGUACAUAUAACUCGCGAUACUCCGACAAGAGCAAGUCGUAUGGGGGAUACGGGAAUUUUUGGAGAGGUCCAGCUCAUUUCGCAUUCAAAAUUCCUGAGUCUUUGCCGUCUGCUGAAGCAGCACCAUUGCUUUGUGGAGGAGUGACCGUCUAUCGUCCUUUGAAAAGGUAUCGUGCUGGCCCAGGGAAAGCUGUUGGUAUUGUUGGGGUUGGAGGCCUUGGACAUCUCGGCCUAUUGUUUGCCAAAGCAUUAGGUUGCAAUCGUGUUGUAGCUAUUUCGCGAACAUCCAGUAAACGAAAGGAUGCAGUUGAGGGGUUAGGUGCGGAUCUUUUCAUCGCCACUGAAGAAGAUAAGAAAUGGGCGAAGACAUAUACACGCACUCUGGAUCUAAUUAUAUGUACGGUGGAUUCUCCAGACUUACCUCUGGGCCAGUAUUUGCGUCUGCUCAAGGUCGGUGGCACAUUUGUUCAAGUGGGCGCUCCAGAGGGACCUCUUCCGGCUCUGCCGGCGUGGUCAUUGAUUCAAAAAGAAGUUCAAGUCACGGGCUCCAAUAUUGGAUCUCCAGAUGAUAUAAGAGAGAUGCUUGAAUUAGCAGCUGAGAAGCGGGUAUACCCUUGGAUUCAGAAGCGACCUAUGAGUGACGUGAGUGCUGCCUUGGCUGAUAUGGAUGCUGGAAAGGCACGGUAUCGCUAUGUGCUAGAAAAUGAUAUGAAGCUGGACGAGGCGAAACUAUAA